AUGGCGUCGUUGCACCUCACCAUGGAUGAACUCAACAAGGCCGCACUCGAGCAUUUUCUCCACCAGCCCGUCAGCAGUGACAAGAUUGUCCUCUUGGCCGCGGCCGCGCAGAACGUCGUCACCUGCGACUCGCUCAACCCCUCGAAGCACCAGGACCUCCCUCCCGCGCAAAAGAGCCCUGAACUCUGGUCCGCCAUACCCGUCGAAGAAGACAAUAUACCGACUCUGGGGGAGUUCAUCACCCAGCUGGUCGUGUCAUCUAAUGUGCAGGUACCGACGCUCAUGUCAACGCUUGUCUACCUGGCCCGCGUUAAGUCCAAGCUGCAGCCCAUGGCCCGCGGUCAGCGGUGCACCAUCCACCGCAUCUUCCUGGCUUCCCUCAUCCUAGCCUCCAAGUAUCUCAACGACAGGUCGCCCAAGAAUAAGCAUUGGGCCAAUCACACUCACAUCAACACGGAGAUGUACAGCUUCGGCUUCACCCGCACCGAGGUCAACAUGAUGGAAAAGCAGCUCCUCUUCCUGCUUGGGUGGGAGUUAAGGAUCACGACGAAGGACUUGUACCGCGAGCUCGACUUCUUCCUCGAGCCCGUCCGCGCUCAGAUUGUCGAGAGAUAUGCAAUAGCGAUGCGGCCGAGGGAGGAGCAGAGGCGGCGGCAGGAGAUCUACAUCCCUGCAACCCACUAUCACAGCCCUGCCUUACCCCGAGGCAACUCGCGCUCCCACGACGCCACUCCCGAGCACAUGCGCGUUGCUGGAGGAGGGAGGACCUACACUAGCUCGGGCAGCUCGUACGCCUCGUUGGCUCUUUCGAGCCGACAACAGUCUUGCUCGACCACGCCUCUGGAAUCGGCCGACGAUGCGUAUGUUUGCGAGACCCAAAAUUCCCCGCUUAUUUGA